CGCGUAUUGGUGAGCACAUAUUUGUUUUGAUAAAAAAAUAUGUAUGUUGACUGAAGAUUUAUGUUUAAAUUUAAUUGAAUACUAUAGGCAAAAUCCCACAUUAUGGGACCCAACUGAUAAACGCUAUAAACUCUCAAAGUUUAAAGUAGAUUUAUGGAAAAAUAUCGCACAAGAAUUCAAAUGUGAAGAAGGUGAAGUUAAAAGGAAACUAGAAAGCUUGUUAACAUCGUAUCGUCGGGAAAUGCGACGUGAAGAGGCAGUGCGUUCCGGAAUGGGUACCCAGGAUGUGUAUCACUCAAAAUGGUUUGAGUUUAAAGCCAUUUUGCAACAAACUAAUCAAGCGACCGAACCUUCUUAAACGCUGUCGAACCCAAAUCAAAUUUUUGGUGUGGACGUGCGCAUUCCAAUCGCUUCCAACGCCAAAUCCCAACGGGCAAGAUGCUUGGGUUGGGAUGCUCAGCGUUGGAAUCUGGUCUGUACUCGGCUUAAGAUUUCUUCAUGUUUCAAAUCUCAAGAAAUGACUGACUAGAAAGAAACUCUCAUCGAAGCUCUAAAAGAAUAUUUCGAAGAUUUCAGUAAUUUUGAAGGGUUGAAAGGUCUUUAAAGGCCUUGGACAAAAUGUGGAAAGCUAAAAGGAGACUAUGUAGAAAGAAAAAACCGGCCAAGUUCCGCACCAUUGUACAAGAUUUAAUAGAUAAUAGAUACUUUUUAAAUAUUUUAUUUAGAUGGUGCAAAAAAGUAAAAGAAGUAGUAUUUUUAAUUUAUUUUUUGUUAUAGCGGCAUUAUGUGAAAAUUUCAACCUAUACCUAAUACGGAUCAUGAGAUACAGCCCGCUGACAGACAGACGGACACCGGAG